CCCCGGUCAUUUGUCCCCUAUCCCCGUCCCCGUCCCUGUCCUCGUCCUUUGUCCCGCUCCCUACCCCAGUCCCUUGUCCCCGUCUCCCAGCGGUGGCACCCCGGCCUCGCCACCGUCGCCCCCGCUGUCCCCUUCGUCCUGCCACCCCCUUCGGUGUCCCGGUCCCCCCGGUGUCCCCGGUCCCGCCCCGCCCCGCCCCGCCCGAGCAGGACACGGCGCCACCGCCGGGACCGGCGCGGGCAGAGCCGCUGCUGAGGCCGCGACAGCACCGGGACCGACACCGCCAAAUCCCGACAGAGCCCGACACCGCCGGGACCGGAGCGGGCAGAGCCGCUGCCGGCUGCGACAACAGCAGGACACACCGACACCGACAGACACCGGCACCGACACCGGCGCCCCUUUGUCACCAGGAUGGUGAGUGGCCCCCGGGUGGGGGGUCCGGGCGGAGCUCUCGAAGUCCCAGCCGAGCCCGGAGCGGGUGCCCAGCCCGGAGGAGCAGGAGUGGGCAGGGCCCGAGGCGCUGUGCCCGGGCUGGCUGGAGGACGAGGCCCCCGAUGGCGAAGUGCCCGGGGACAGCGGGGACCCCGACUGUGCCACCCACGCCUACGAGCGGCUCCAGAGCGCCCUGUGCCAGGAGGGGCUGCCCCCCACGCUGGACUGCUCCGCGGAGCCCCGCACGGGAUUUGGCCCGCUGGACAUGACCGUUUGCAUCCUGGGCUCCUCCACCCCCUUCCUGCCUGUCCUGCUGGAGGGUGGCACCCGCUGCCCAGGUGCCAUGGUGCUGUGCCUGUCCCCAACCUGGGCCAGCCGGGUGCCAUCGGAGACGUCUCCAGGCGCCUGGUCCCUGCUGCUCUCUCGGGGGGUCUCCUUCAAGGUGGGGGGGCACAGCGCCCUGGAGACCUUCGUGCCCCCCCGCCGCGCCAACUACGUGACGGGCACCUUCGCGCCGGGGGACCCCGAGAGCGGCUGGGUGGGCGAGCUGGCCCGUGACCUCGACUGCCCCACGGGGGGCUCGGUCCCGCUCGCCCACCGGCUCGAGGACACGCUGGUCGCCCGCUGGGUGCUGGCGGCUCGCGCCAACCUGCCUGUGCCCCCCACCCUGGCCUUUGUCCUGGGGACCAGGGGGGACCUGCCCGCCGAGCCCGUGGCCCCCGGGGUGAGGCUGGUGCGGCUGGAGGACCCCCACGGCCAGCAGAGCCUGGUGCAGGAGGAGGUGGGAGCCUUCCUGGGGGGCACCGCCAUGGAGCCCUACGGCCAGGUGGUGGUGCGGCCGGCGGGGUGGCGGUGGUGGGGGACAGGCACCCGCAGCACCCACAGGAAGGAGGAGGGGGCGGCGGUGGCGCAGGCGGUGGGUGCCCGGCUCCGGGGGCUGACGGAGGAGGACAGCGUCCUGCUGGAGGCCAUGGUGCCCACCGCCCGCCUGCCCGCGCCCCCCCCACGCAGCCCAGCCCCGCGGCUGCCCAUGGCCCUGCGCAUCUGCACCCUCGUCUGCAGGUCCUGGGGGGACCGGCCCCAGCUCUGCCAGGUGGCCUGCGCCGUGGGACGCGCGGAGAGCCCGGUGCGUCACGGCGCGGCGCUGCCCCAGGGCCUGGACUCCAGCCUGCAGCAGUGGGGGGUGGUGGCCCCCAGCCAGCGACAGGCGCUGGCCACACGGCUGCGGGAGGCCACCGAGGCCGCCAUGGCCGCCCUCCUGGCCACCGAGGCCGAGCUGAGCCCGCAGCAGCGCGGUGGCACCCGUGCCCACACCGACAUCCUGGGUGAGCACGGCGCGGGUGACACCGCCGGUGCCCGCGGUCACCCCGCCGUGCUGAGCGCGGUGUCACCGUCACCAUCCCCAGGCGUGGAUUUCCUGCUGGCGUGCGUGGAUGAAUCGCUGGAGCUGGUGGCCCUGGCCACCAACAGCCAGCGGUGCCUGGAGACCUGCGCGCUGGCCGAGGCCAUGGGGCGCGGCGUGGGCGAGCCCCGCGGGGACCUGCCGCGGCUGCUGGCCGAGGCCAUGCUCCACCGGGCUCAGUGUCACCUGGUCGAGGGCAAGGACAUCCUGCUCAUCGGGGCCGGGGGCGUCAGCAAGAGCUUCGUGUGGGAGGCGGCCCGCGACUACGGGCUGAGGAUCCACCUGGUGGAGUCGGACCCGGAGCACUUCGCGGCGGGGCUGGUGCAGACCUUCCUGCCCUACGACAGCCGGGAGCACCGGCGGGACGAGGAGCACGCGGAGCGGGUGCUGGAGCUGCUGCGCUCCCGGGGGCUGCGGCCCCACGCCUGCCUCUCCUACUGGGACGACUGCGUGGUGCUGGCGGCCCUGGUGUGCCAGGGGCUGGGGCUCCGCGGCCCCGCGCCCGCCGCCGUGCGGGUGGCCAAGCAGAAAAGCCGCACUCACCGGCACCUGCAGCGCUGCCGCCGCGGCCGCCCGCCUCCCGCCGCCUUCGCCGUGCCCUGCCGCCGCCUGCAGAGCCACGGCGACGUGGAGCGGGCGGCGAGCGCCGUGCCCUUCCCCGCCGUGGCCAAGCUGGAGUUCGGAGCGGGUGCCGUGGGCGUGCGGCUGGUGGAGAACGCCGGGCAGUGCCACGCUCACGCCGCCCGGCUCUGGAGGGACCUGCGCGACGACGCCGACCACCCGGGCAUCGGGCUGGGCUGGGGCAACGCCAUGCUGCUCAUGGAGUACGUGCCGGGCACCGAGCACGACGUGGACCUGGUGGUCUUCGAGGGGCGGCUGCUGGGCGCCUGGGUGUCGGACAACGGCCCCACGCGUGUCCCCGCCUUCCUGGAGACGGCGGCCUGCCUGCCCUCCUGCCUGCCCGCCGACCGGCAGGCGCAGCUGGUGCGGGCGGCGCUGGAAUGCUGCCGGGCGUGCGGGCUGCGCGACGGCGUCUUCAACGUGGAGCUCAAGCUGGGGCCGGCGGGGCCGCGCCUGCUGGAGAUCAACCCCCGCAUGGGGGGCUUCUACCUGCGCGACUGGAUCCGCGAGGUCUACGGCCCCGACCUGCUGCUGGCCGCCGUGCUGGUGGCGCUGGGCGUGCCGCCGGUGCUGCCCGCUCGCCCCGCGGCCCGCACGCACCUGGCCGGGGUGAUGUGCCUAGGAUCGGAGCACGGCGAGAUCCUGGCGGGCGGCGGGGGCAUGGAGGCUCUGCGGGAGCUGCACGGCCGCGGGCUCGUCCGCCUCAACCGGCUCUUCGAGGAGCCCGAGGGGGCCGGGGAGUACGAGGAGCCGCUGCUGAGCGUGGCGUGCUCCGGGGCCACGCUGGCCGAGGCUUGCGAGCGCCUGCUGGGGCUCUGCCAGGGGCUGGGCAUCGACUCCCCGCGAUAUCCCGUGGAGCACUUCUUGUCCCACUUCAAAUAGCGCCGGGCAGGCAGCGGGGAGAGCGGGGGAAUGGGUGCCCCGGCACGCCCCGGCACCCCCUCCCGUCGCCCCGCCGCCCCUCCCCAGCAUCCCCCUGCCGCCCCGUCCCGCUGUCCCCCCAUCCCGUGGCCUGGUACACCAUGCCCUGGCACCCCGGUACCGCUCUGGGUCCCAGUCACUUGCCCUGCCCCCCCACUGCCUGGCAUUCCCUUUCAUCCUGGCCUCCCAUCCCCUGGCAUCCCCUCACUCCCAUGGCAGCCCAUCCCCUGGCAUCCUGACAUCCCAUCCGCUGGGAUCCUCCUAUUAACCUGGCACUCCAUCCCCUGGCAUCCUGAAACCCUUUCUCCUGGCACCCCCCCCACUACUCUGACACCCCAGUCCCUGGCAUCUUCCAUGUCCUGGAACCAUAUUCCCUGGCAUCCCCUUCCGUCCUGGCACUUCACCUUUCCAUCACACUGACACCCUAAGAGUCCCCCUCUCCCAAUCCACGCACCACCAUCCCUCCUGGCAUCCCUCCAUUACCCCACCACCCCAUCCCUCUGCCCUAGCACCCCAUUUCCUGCUUCCCAACAUUCCACCCUUUCUCCCCUGUCCCUCCCUGUCCCCUCUGCCGUGUCCCUACAGUCUCUACCCUCAGUGCCCCCUGUCCCUGAAGCUGGGGGUCCCAUGCCUGGGACAUGGACAUACAGGAGGACACUGACCCCUGCUGAACCCGUGCCAUCCCCGGGGGCGGCAGCCAGGACCCGCCCCCAGGCACCCAGGCCACCCCAUGAGAGCAACAGGUGAAGCUUGAGGUGUGUUGGCACCUGCUGGCAUGGGGAGACCCUACAAUAACACACCAUUAUGGGGAGACCCCAUAAUGACAAAGAAUUAUUGGGACAUCCCAUAAUAAAAAAGAAACAUGGGGAGACCCCACAAUAACAGACUGAAGUGGGGAGACCCCACAAUAACAAACUGGCUUGGGGAGAACCCACAGUAACCAACCUGUGUGGGGAGACCCUACAACAGCAUACCUUGAAUGGGAAACCCCACAAUAACAAACUGACAUGGGGAGACCCUACAAUAACAAACUGACAUGGGGAGACCCUACAAUAAUAGACCUGCACAGGAAGACCCUACAAUAACAAAGGGGUACCCAGGGCUUCCCUGGAGCAGCUCAGAAAAUCCUCUGGGAAGAGACUUGUGUGGGAAACCCAUGUGAUAUAGGGCUGUCACUGGGGUGGCCCUACAGGAACACCAAUGACUCUGCACUAACGCCCAGCCCCUGUAAUGUCUGAGAUCCUACAGUAACACCAGACACCCUACAACAACACAGAGCCCCUGUAGUGCCCCUGACCCUACAAUAACAGUAGUGACCCUACAGUACACCCAAGAUCCUACCGCCCUCACAGCCCUACAAUAACACCAGAGAUCGCACAGUAACACAGAGCCCCUGUAGUGCCUGAGAGCCUGCAAUAACACACAGCCACUUUAGUGUCUGAAACCCUCCAAUAAACCCCAGUCCCUGUAGUGCCCCUGACCCUACAAUAACACCGGUGACCCUACAAUAACACCAGAGACCCUUCAAUAACACACGGCCCCUGCAGUGCCCCUGGUCUUGCAAUAAUACCAGAGGCCCUACAAUAACAUCAGUGACCCCACAAUCACCCCCAGCGACCCGACAAUAACCCCAGUGCCCCGCAGCCCCACUCGUGUCCUCCGACGCCGCGGAAACCCCGCGCGGGAUCUCUGACGUUCCUCUGACGUCACGGCGGCGCCGCUGACGUCAGCGCGGCGCAGCGGGGGCGGGGCGGGGCCGGGGACCCCAGUAAAGGCUGUGAGCGGCCGCGCUGCCUCUGUCGUGUUCCCUGCGCCACCCCCGGGGACCCCCUGUCCCCGUGUCCCCCGCGCAGGGGACAUCCCGGUGACGCGCGCGCGGGAGGGGCGUGG